AUGCGGAUUCCAAUCGCGGUGCAGCUGGGGCUGCUAGUGCUUCUAACAGCCGUCCUAGGAGUGGCAGUGCUCGCCAUUGCCACGUGGUUUACCACCUAUGACUUUGUGGUCGGAGUUCAAUCACAGAGUCUAGAACUCGUUGCGACCAUCAAGGCGAGCCAAAUUGCCUCCAAUUUAGAUCUCCUCGAAACCACCUGCAAGACCAUCGCGACACGCAUUCUAAUUCAAUCGGCACUCAAGCGCUAUUAUGCCGGCAACAAUACCGAUGCAAAUUGGGUAAACUCGAUCGCCGAUGUCCAGUCGGCGCUCGGAAGCCGGGGAUACUUGAGCCUCUACCAGGCCAUCAUCUAUUCCAACAAUGGACAAGAAAACAAAGAGACACUGCUGAAUGUGACGAGUGAAACAGUCCCAGACAUCAAGCUACCAUACUAUUAUCCCAAUGGGAGCUCGGUGAUGCUGGGCAAUGAGGGAAUAGGCUACCCGCCCUCGCUAUAUCCGAAUUUGACGUACCAGGGCACAGGCGACAACGACUCCGUAACAGUCUAUGCGUUCCCAGAGUAUAGCCUUGGACUGGACUCGGCAAUGCUCCUAGGACCUUUGAAAGUCAAUACGUCCUUCUCCCUCGUAUCCUUGACCCUGCCGAUUGUCAACAACACAUCGAACACGGAGAUCCUGGGAUUUGUGACGAUCGUCGCCAGUGCCGCCAAUCUACAGAGUGUCGUGAGCUCACGGGAUGGAUUAGGGAAUACGGGACAAGUGCUUUUGUUAGGGCCAACGCAGCCCGAAAAUACAUUCGUUGCCAGUGCUCAACCUGCAACAGCCACAUCAACUGCGGACGCGGCUGGGCUGGAGAAAGCGCAGGUGCACUAUGUCUUUGAGCCCACCCCCCUGCCCAGCCAGGCGAGCCGACACAGUGGGAUGUCGACGGAUACUCCCUUUGCACUCUCGACGUACCCGAUGGCCAUGAGAGCCAUGUUGCAAUCGUAUGGUAACCAAGGCAAAGCUUUCAGCCAAUUAUCAACCCAGAACGAGAAAGGAAUCAAUGUGGCGGUUGGGGCGGUGCGUCCUCAAAAUACCCUGGUUCAAUGGGUUCUGCUCAUUGAAGAAUCCCAUUCGGAAGCCUUUUCACCCAUACUUCGACUACGGAAGAUCAUUCUCGCGUGUGUGUUUGGGACGGCUGGCGCAAUCAUCCUCUUCGUUCCUCUCUUGACGCAUUGGGCGGUCGCUCCUAUCCGAAGAUUACGUGAGGCCGCGAAAAGGUCAGUCGAGCCUGAGAUCGCUCGACAUCCUGCGCCCUCAAUCCAAGAGCGAACAUACACAGGUACGGAUGAUGGACUAGGGGAUCCGGUGGAACAUAUUGAAGAGCACAUGAGCGAGAAGGUAUCUCCGGCCGCCUGGGUGAAGCGUCUUCGAAACCCCCUGGGGAGGUUGAACAGUUCCACCGGCGUUGGCAAUACCCGGAACGCUCGCGGAUUUCAGGUACCUGGGAGAAUAAAGGAACGGAAGCAUUGUGUGACGGAUGAACUCACAGAGCUAACAAAAACGUUCAACGAGAUGUCCGACGAACUAACUAUUCAGUACAAUCGGCUGGAAGAGCGAGUGGCUGAGCGGACCCGAGAGCUUGAAAAGGCCAAAUUGGCAGCUGAAACAGCCAACGAGAGCAAAACACUGUUCAUUGCCAACAUUUCUCAUGAGCUGAAGACUCCCCUUAAUGGAAUUCUUGGAAUGUGUGCCGUGUGCAUGGGCGAAGAGGAUCUUUCUCGAAUCAAGAAGUCUCUGCAAGUCGUCUAUCAAUCAGGAGAUCUGCUUUUGCACCUCUUGAAUGAUUUACUCACGUUCAGCAAAAACCAAAUCGAUCAAGCAAUUCAGAUUGAAGAGAAGGAGUUCAAAUUGUCCGAUGUUCGAUCACAACUUGCCAUCAUCUUCCAGAAUCAAGUGCAUGAGAAGCAUAUCGACUUCAGUGUCAAUUUUGUCUCUGGGGGAGUCACCGAGCCUAGGGGCACUGUGUGUCGUGACCGAUCAUCUGAGCAACAGAGUCCAGUCUUCGGCCUUUCUGCAAAUGGUCGACUCUCAGACAUGCUUCUAUGGGGAGAUCAGCAUCGAAUUCUUCAGGUGCUCAUCAAUCUGGUUAGCAACAGUCUGAAGUUCACACCCGAACACGGGAAAGUGGAGGUUCAUAUCCGUUGCAUUGAUGACCCUACCAACGAAGAUAACUCUAUAGCUCACAAAGAUCGAACUCGACGCAACUCAAGAUUCCGGUCUCCAACGGCUUCGAGUGCGACAUCAUCGAUUGGUAUCAGAGCGCACGCAAAUGACGCCCAACCUGAGGGUCAGGUUAUGAUGCACCCCAAUCUCCGCCAGGUGAGAUUUGAGUUUGAAGUUCGUGACAAUGGGCCGGGUAUUCCUGCGCAUUUACAUCGACGUAUCUUUGAUCCUUUUGUUCAAGGUGAUCUGGGGUUGAACCGAAAGUAUGGAGGAACUGGUCUAGGAUUGAGCAUUUGUGCUCAGUUGUCCCGCAUCAUGGGUGGUGUUAUCCUCCUUGAGAGCGAGGAAGGGAAGGGGUCUCUUUUCACACUCAAGAUUCCCCUCGGAUUUGUGAGGGAGCUUGUCCCUAGCACACAUACCUCGAGCAUUCCAGGAUCCCGGACUCCUAGUGUUCUGUCUCUGGAAGACUUUUCUAACACCGCGAGAACGCCCUCCAAUCAUGGAUCAGUCCGAAAUGAAUCUCAUGCGCCUGGCUUUGAGAAGUCGGAAAUCCAACCACGCUUGGUUGGACUCAGUCAACCGUUUUUUGCCCCGGCCGUGCCUUCAUCUCCUGCGCCACAGCUACCAGCAAGCCUACAGUCGACUCAAAGCACCACAGAGAAUAGCGAUGGAUCCAAAAGAAUUCGUGUUUUGGUUGCCGAGGACAACACGGUGAAUCAGGAAGUCGUGCGCCGCAUGCUUGCGUUAGAGGAAGUCUAUGAUGUUAUCAUUGUGAAGGAUGGCCAGGAGGCAUUUGACACCGUCAAGUCUAACAUGGAGAAAGGCGAGGUCUUUGACCUGAUAUUCAUGGACAUCCAGAUGCCUAUUCUGGAUGGACUGGAAAGUACACGAUUGAUUCGUCAGAUGGGAUACUCUGCGCCCAUUGUGGCAUUAAGUGCCUUUGCGGAAGAAAGCAACAUCAAAGACUGUAUGGAUUCGGGCAUGGACAUGUUCAUAAGUAAACCCAUUCGACGACCUGCUUUGAAACAAGUUUUGAGCAAAUUUUCUACGAUCAUGGAGGAGACCGAGACAGGCACAUAA